GUGUGUGUGUGUGUUUAGAUGAAAGUCUCAGAGGCUGGACGUUUAGGCCAGUCUGAUGACUCGAGGUGCUAUGGGGUGUUACGUAUGCAUGUUUGCAAAAACUCAAUCACACACACACACACACACACACACACAGACUCACACAUCAGGGUGGAGACAAACUGGGAGGUUACUGUUGAUAACAAGACACCGGAUCACUCAUUGAAUGACAGGAUUUUUUUCCUGUGUGUUGAUAUAAAGACUCUUCUAGAGGACUUCGCAUUGAAUGGGUCAGUGUGGACUGAGGCUCUUGGUCUUUAGUAGCUGCCCAGAAUCUGACUGUGAUGUAGGAGGGUUUUACUUGCUGCUGUAGACUAAGGGGUCAUGGCAAAGUUGCAGAAUUCUGAGGAUGCCUACUUGGGGUCUGGUCCAGGUGAGGAAGAUGAGAUCUGUGAGUUUCAAAGUGACUCAGAGUCUGGUAGUCUUCUAUCAGAUGAUUCUGUGCUGCCGGAUUAUGAGGAAGGGGAGAACAGCAAUAAAAUUGCAAACACACUUUACGAAGCCUGCUCUCAGAACAACGCCCCAGCACUGAAGAGGAUCCUAGAGCAAGGAGUGACGCGUGAUGACGUGAUGGAGGUCGACAUAAAUGGCUGGAAUGGCUUGAUGGUGGCCUCAUAUAAAGGCUACCUGCCGAUUGUCUAUGGACUUCAUAGCUGUCAACACCUGGAAAUUAACCACCAGGAUAACGAAGGCAACACUGCUCUUAUGAUCGCCGCACAAGCAGGUCAUGUCUCCAUAUGUAACUAUCUCCUGAACUACUUCCCUGGAGUGGAAAUAGAGAUGCGAGACAGCAGAGGAUACACUGCCCUCAUCAAGGCUGCAAUGCAGGGCAGGAGUGACGUUGUGGCAGCCCUUGUAAUGCAUGGUGCAGACCUGAACAUAGUAGAUUCAUACCGUGGCAAGUGUGCGCGAGACUGGGCUCUAAAAACAGGCCGCUUUGACACUCUGCAGCGCCUGCGCCGUCUCGUGCUCCGACCCAUAGCUGAACAGUUCUGCCUCAGCUAUCUACCAGAAUGGCCGGACCUCAAAGUACGAGUAGCCAAGGCAACAGCCAAUAGGAGCGCAGGGCAGAAGGUGGCCCACCGCCUGAAAAGCACUUUUGGAUUCAGCUUCCCGCGAGAUCCACAGGACAAUGGGGUCAUGGACCAUGUAGUGCGAAUGACCACCGGCCUGCGCAGCCCGCUUGUCGCCACAGCAACACGGCCCCUCUGCCCCAGCAGCCCCCCAGAGGUGGGAAAGCGGCGGCUGGCUGUCCCUGAGCUCAUGAUGAAGUAUUCGGGACAGGAGUUGGAGGAUAUAUCAGUUUGUCACAGUAACAGUUCCACAUUCUCUGCGAUCACCUCACUCCACUCAGCCGAGUGUGUGCCGACAGCCUGCUGUGCUGACACAGAGCGACGGGGCAGUGUGUUAUCCAACGCUCAGUCCAGCCUCAAAACCUUUAUCCCCCGCAGCAUGGCCUCACGGCGGAACAGCAUCUUCCCCUCAGGAUGCGUUCCUCAGAUCAGAGUGACCAAGUCAUCAGAGCCCACACCCAAGAAACAGAAAAAGCCCAAAAUACACAAGGGAUACCUGGAACCACCCAAGUGGAAAUACAAGGAGAGCAAAGAAAGGAAAAAGAAAGAGAAGAAGAAUGCAGAGAAAGAGAAGGAAGAAAGUGAGAAAAAAGUAAAGGAAAAGAAAAAGUGAGGUGUGGCUAGGAGGCAGUGUUAAGACAAUGCAGAAUUACGUUUCAGAUUGAUUUUUUUGCUGUUUGAUUUUUGGAUAGUGGAGUGUGUGAAAUACAUAGCCAGUUCCAUCUGUUAGCUAGGUCUCCCACUAUCACAUAUGUGGUAACAUUGCUGGUAAUGAUAAAGGUUAGCACAUGCUUCCUUCAAAUCACAUUAAUGUCAUCAGACAGCUCAACACUCAGACAGCUUGAGGGCCGAUGCUAAGACUAAAGAUAUACUUCCUGUCCUUGCGUUCAUGAAGACAACUGGCUGCAUCCUGAAUGUAACAGUUCACAUACUUGCCUGUGUGCUAUUCAUGUUACUGUAGGCUUCCACUAGAGGCUUCCACUCACCACAGCAGGAAGGACCCAUUAUAUCGCCUCUAGUGCUACAUGUUGUACAUUUUUGAGAAUGUACACAACCAAUGCAGCAAGCAGAGCAAGACAAAUGAGGCAUCCAUGAUGUACAUGCAAAAAUAGUUAUCAACAAGUUUAUAAAGCUCUGGAAAAAAUUAAGAGACCACUUCAGUUUCUGAAUCUCUGAUUUUGCUAUUUAUAUGUAUAUGUUUAAGUAAAAUUAACAUUGUAGUUUUAUUCUAUGAACUACUGACAAAUUCCAAAAUAAUAAUAUUUUCAUUUAGAGCAUUUAUUUGCAGAAAAUGAGAAAUGGCUGAAAUAACAAAAAGAUGCAGAGCUUUCAGAAAUCAAAUAGGGCAAAGAAAACAAGUUUAUAUUCAUAAAGUUUUAAGAGUUCAGAAAUCAAUAUUUGGUGGAAUAACCCUGUUUUUUAAUCACAGUUUUCAUGCAUCUUGGCACGUUCUCCUCCACCAGUCUUACACACUGCUUUUAGACAACUUUAUGCCACUCCUGGUGCAAAAAAUUAAGCAGUUUAGCUUGGUUUGAUGACUUGUGAUCGUCCAUCUUCCUCUUGAUUAUAUUCCAAAGGUUUUCAAAAACUCAUCAUUUUUAAAUGGUCUCUUAUUUUUUUCCAGAGCUGUAUCUAGACUAACUCACCAGACACUAAUGUUGGAGUACUGGGCAGAGGGAAAGCUGACCUACAGUUUGUGCCCUUUUAAAUUUGGAUGACUAUGCCACUGGUACUUUUGCCAACUAAAGGUAAUAUGAAUUGCAUCUGAAAAUGACACUGUUGUGUGUGUCCAACUUCCAACAACUAGUGUCUACAGCUCAGUUUAAGAACAGCCCACCUUAAAAACAGUUACUUAGCCCUGCACACAAGUAUAUAUUUUAGUCUAAUAAAGCAGGAAAACAACAGUACACACACAUCAACAUAUGCACACACCAGGAUUAAAAAAGGCAAUUUUUUUCUAGUAGGAAUUUUGUUUACAAUACCAGAAAAAUGUGUUUAGUAUUUAUUGUACAAGUGUCUAGAAUCUUUUUGCAGGAGAAACUGGUAAUAUAAUUUAGUAGCAGGUUAAACUAUUCAGUUGUGGUUAAUCAUUUCAUUUUCUCAGUUUAGAUCUUAUUAAUCACUUUUAUGUAUUUCAGACACAUUGUUAAUAUUGUCUUGGGUGCAGUGAUGUAAAUGCUUCAUUAAGAGUAUGACUAAGUACGGAGUACCAUAACCAUAUGCAUAAUUUCACCUUUACUACAGUUUACUACAGUAAUUCUCUCUGCUCUUUUAUUCUGUUGUACUUGUGUGUUAUUCUCAUGUAUGAUGAUUUUUGUGCUGACUAGCACAGUUAAUGAUGUAACCCUAAUUACAGCCCUCAGACCCAUCUCAACCUAACGACACUGACACUGUAUGCACGAACAAAUUCCUAAAAAAAUAAAAAUAAUAUUUAAAGGAUUAAUUUAAAUAGACAUUCUUGCCAUUGUAUCAAAAAGCGUGGAUGUCAUUGUGGCACAUAAUAUAUUUUUGUAAAUAAACAGGCGAAAAUGAAAAGUUAAACCUGAGUUGAUCUAUUUUAUAAAAUGCACAGCACUGACAGUAUGAGAAAUUAAAUAGGUUAAAGAAUGUUUUGGGGAGCUGGAUGCUUCUUUCCUCACUGUUAAGCAGUGAUUUUGGUGAGUGUUACCAAAAAUAUAUACUUUAAUCCUCUGACCUGC